GCGUGCGCCGCGUUGAAGUGCCCGGCACGUCGGGGCAGCAGGACAGAGCCCAGGACGCGCGCGGAGCCUCCCAGUGUCCCGCUCCUGUGGCCGCAGCCAUGACGGAGAACUCGGACAAAGUGCCCAUCGCCCUGGUGGGACCCGACGAGGUUGAGUUUUGUAGCCCCCCGGCGUACGCCACGGUGACCGUGAAGCCCACCAGCCCCGCGCGGUUGCUCCAGGUCGGAGCCGUGGUCCUCAUUUCGGGGGCGGCGCUGCUGCUCUUCGGGGCCAUCGGGGCCUUCUACUUCUGGAAGGGGAACGACAAUCACAUUUACAAUGUCCAUUAUACCAUGAGUAUCAAUGGGAAAUUACAAGAUGGGUCGAUGGAAAUAGAUGCUGGGAACAACUUGGAGACCUUUAAAAUGGGAAGUGGAGCUGAAGAAGCGAUUGAAGUUAAUGAUUUCCAGAAUGGCAUCACAGGAAUCCGUUUUGCUGGAGGGGAGAAGUGCUACAUCAAAGCACAGGUGAAGGCUCGAGUUCCUGAGGUGGGCACCAUGACCAAGCAGAGCAUCUCCUCUGAACUGGAAGGCAAGAUCAUGCCUGUUAAAUAUGAAGAAAAUUCUCUCAUCUGGGUGGCUGUAGACCAGCCCGUGAAGGACAACAGCUUCUUGAGUUCUAAAAUCUUAGAACUCUGUGGCGACCUUCCUAUUUUCUGGCUUAAACCAACCUAUCCAAAAGAAAUCCAGAGAGAAAGAAGAGAAUUGGUAAGAAAAAUUGUUACAACGAUGACCACAAGAAGAUUACGCAGUGGUCCACGGGGCAACCCAGGGCCUGGAAGACCAAAUAACGAAACCAGACCCAGUGUUCAAGAGGAUUCAGAGCCCUUCAAUCCGGACAACCCUUACCACCAGGAAGGAGAAGGCAUGACAUUCGACCCUAGAUUGGAUCAUGAAGGAAUCUGCUGUAUAGAAUGCAGGCGGAGCUACACCCACUGCCAGAAGAUCUGUGAACCACUGGGGGGCUAUUAUCCAUGGCCUUAUAAUUACCAGGGUUGCCGUUUAGCCUGUAGAGUUGUCAUGCCAUGUAGCUGGUGGGUGGCCCGCAUCUUGGGCAUGGUGUGAAAUCACUUCAUAUACCAGGUGCUGUAAAGAAUUAACUCCAGAAACAACCAAAGUUUGAGGCAUCUUGAUGCUGAAGGGACCACAAAGUAUUUUAUAUUCCAUCUGAGCAAUGUUAUUCGAGACACUUAACAGAAUAUUUUUGAACUGCUUUACAGAACUUUAUCCAGAAUUGCAAAUGUACUGAAAGGGUAGUUUAAGUCUAAAAUAUCAUCAUAAUCCUUUUAUUACUUGCUAUUUUUUGCUUUUCUUUGCCAGUAAGGCCUGCUUUUAAAGACUUCCUUACCAAGCUAUUUUGAA